AUAAUCAGAAGCAACUAGUAGCAAUUUCCUCAGUGGAGAAACCAGUAGAUAAAUAUAAAACCUACUUCUUCUUCCUUAUCCGGAUUAAACCUCUCCGGCGCCAUCCUCUCCGCUUCUCCGUCGUUCCGCCGUCCGUGUGACUAGUGAAAAAUGGCAUCGACAUUCACUGCCACGUCUUCCCUUGGUUCCUUGCUUGCUCCCAAUGCUAUCAAGUUGUCUUCUUCAAGCUCCUUUGGAAGGAGACAUAAUGUGUGCCUAAGAAGAUCCCGUCCUGCCAUUGUAUGUGCAGCCAAGGAGUUGCAUUUCAACAAGGAUGGCACUACCAUUAGGAAACUUCAAACUGGUGUUAACAAGCUCGCGGACCUUGUUGGUGUCACACUUGGACCAAAAGGGAGAAAUGUUGUCCUUGAGAGCAAAUAUGGAUCCCCAAGGAUUGUUAAUGAUGGUGUUACUGUUGCUAGGGAGGUCGAGUUGGAGGACCCUGUUGAGAACAUUGGUGCAAAGCUUGUAAGGCAAGCAGCUGCAAAGACCAAUGACUUGGCUGGUGACGGUACAACAACUUCUGUUGUUCUUGCUCAAGGUUUUAUUGCCGAGGGUGUCAAGGUGGUGGCUGCAGGUGCAAACCCUGUAUUGAUCACUAGGGGCAUUGAGAAGACAGCUAAGGCUUUGGUUAACGAGCUGAAACUAAUGUCUAAGGAGGUUGAAGACAGUGAACUCGCUGAUGUGGCUGCUGUUAGUGCGGGUAAUAACCAUGAAGUUGGAAGUAUGAUUGCUGAAGCAAUGAGCAAAGUGGGGAGGAAGGGUGUGGUGACCCUUGAGGAGGGUAAAAGCGCUGAGAACAACCUGUACGUUGUGGAAGGAAUGCAAUUUGACCGUGGUUAUAUCUCCCCAUACUUUGUGACAGAUAGUGAGAAAAUGUCUGUCGAGUACGACAAUUGCAAGUUACUUCUUGUUGACAAAAAAAUUACCAAUGCAAGAGAUCUUGUUGGUGUUCUCGAGGAUGCCAUUAGAGGCGGAUACCCAAUCCUAAUAAUUGCAGAAGAUAUUGAACAAGAAGCCUUAGCUACUCUUGUUGUUAACAAGCUUAGAGGCACAUUGAAGAUUGCAGCUCUCAAAGCUCCUGGAUUUGGAGAGCGCAAGAGCCAAUACCUUGACGAUAUCGCCAUUCUAACUGGAGGAACUGUGAUUAGAGAGGAAGUUGGUCUGUCUCUUGACAAAGCUGGAAAAGAGGUUCUGGGUAACGCUUCUAAGGUUGUCCUGACAAAGGAAAUGACAACAAUUGUGGGUGAUGGUACCACACAGGAAGCAGUAAACAAGCGUGUUGUACAGAUUAGGAAUCUUAUUGAGCAAGCGGAGCAAGAUUACGAGAAGGAGAAAUUAAAUGAGAGAAUCGCGAAACUCUCUGGUGGAGUUGCUGUAAUUCAGGUUGGAGCUCAAACUGAGACAGAGCUCAAAGAAAAGAAGCUGAGAGUGGAAGAUGCGCUUAAUGCUACAAAGGCUGCUGUUGAGGAAGGUAUUGUCGUUGGUGGUGGUUGCACUCUACUUCGGCUUGCAUCCAAGGUCGAUGCCAUCAAGGAUACCCUUGAAAAUGAUGAAGAAAAGGUUGGAGCGGAAAUUGUUAAAAGAGCACUGAGUUACCCUCUGAAAUUGAUAGCUAAGAAUGCUGGUGUCAAUGGAAGUGUUGUCAGCGAGAAGGUGCUAGCUAACGAUAAUGUGAAAUUUGGAUACAAUGCUGCAACCGGCAAGUAUGAAGAUCUGAUGGCUGCAGGCAUCAUCGACCCAACAAAGGUUGUGAGAUGUUGCUUGGAACAUGCAGCCUCAGUUGCAAAGACGUUCUUGAUGUCUGACUGUGUGGUUGUUGAGAUCCCGGAGCCAGAGCCAGUUCCUGCCGGCAACCCAAUGGACAACUCAGGAUAUGGAUACUAAGAUAGACUGACCGGGUUUGCUCGUAAAGCUGAGAGAUAGGCAAAAAUUCCGAAGCGAGAGUAGCUCACUGGGAUACGGAUUCCUGUAGCUUGCAAACAAAUUUAUGUGCAAGUGUAAUGAUUUUUGAACCAGAGAAGAAUGUGUUCAUUUAGAAAUAAUAAUAUUUGAAUUCGUUUUGAAUAAAUUGUCAGUGAUCUUUAAAAUCUUCAGUGUUCUUAAUA